GCCCAACCAGAAAUUUCGUUCCUCCUUCAAAGGAACCAUUUCAAAAUGUCACUUCUCGUAUUUCUCAUCGCCAUAUUGGUACUUUAGAAUUUUUCUGAUCGGCGAACAUCCGUAGAUUAGUGAUAUUUCCAACUCAGAUACUGCGUUUUCCUACGUAACCAAGUCCAAUCCAUCGAAAUACUAUCGUAUUUUCGUGCUAGUAACGGAAACAAGUGAAACUGAUUUUUUUGUUUUGAUCUGUUAGCGACCAAACUAAAAAUGGCGUGUGCCACUCUGAAACGGUCGUUAGAUUGGGACAACGUCCUGGGCGGGCGCCCUGCGAAAAGAAGACGAUGUGUGCCCCUUUGUUCAAGCCCUACGCAAAAGGAACACGGAUCUCCGGGGCCUUCUCAAAGUCCUACUGGCUCUACUUCGCCUAAGUCCUCCGUUUUUCCUGACAUCACCACGAAACUCACCCCAGAAAACUUGAUUGAUAACCUUAAAGCAGAAAUCAAAAGAUUACAAAGACGCAAGCAGCUACAGUACAACAGUAUGGAAACAUCAGACGGUAACAGCUCAGGUGGAGAAUGUGAAUCACCUAGCCGCUCUGAAAAGCCUCUUUUUACAUUUAAACAGGUUGGCAUGAUCUGUGAAAGGAUGCUUAGAGAACGUGAGAUAGAAAUAAGAGAAGAAUAUGAUCAUGUUUUAACAACCAAGCUUGCAGAACAAUAUGAUGCCUUUGUGAAAUUCACUUAUGAUCAAAUCCAUAGAAAUAUCAACAACACAGCACCGGCACCUAGUUAUUUAUCGUAAGCAAAAACUGGGACUCGCAGCCAAGAUGGCUGCCGUGUACUAGCCACUUAUACAGUCGUUAACGAUAUCGUUUAUAUACUACGUAUUGACUCCGUAUAUGCCUGUGCAAGAUGCCUUAGAAUCGUAACCUUCUUGCUGGCAUUUUGUAUAUAAAACUACAUAAAAUAUACUACCUUUUAUUUUGUAUCUUAGGAAUUGAUACAUAAUUAUAUUUGUUAUUUUUUCUGUACAUAUAUUUUUAUCAUCGCUAAAAAUUUUCUCAUAACUCAACAGUUGUUUUUGUCAGUUGAUUCAUUUUCAUAUAUUUUUGUAUCUUUGACGUACUGAUAUUUAAAUGUGGAUAGUGAUGCAAAGCGUUCAUAACUUAUGUUGAAUAUUUAAGUUUAACCAGUUUAUUAGGUACGUAAGUGAUUUAGUUAUGUAUGUGUAUGUGAGGUAAGUAGGUUGUGUGUUUCUAUGAUUUUUCAAUAAAUGCAAUAUAAAAAUGGAUUUUUAUAGCUUCAGAGUUUAUUAUUGGAGGUAAUGAAAUUGCUGUUUGUGCCUCAAAACUAAAUGAGCUUUUUUGAACUUAUACUGGGCAAAAGUUGGAUUCAUGUCUAUGUCAACAUAGAAGAGGAAAAAAAAUCUAAAAAAUUUAAUGUCCUUUUGCAUACAAAAGCAAAAUUGAUCUAGACCUAUAAAAAUAUAGGGAUAUUUUCAAAUCUGUACCCUCUGUAAGACAUGUAUGUUCCAUUCCAUUUUUUAUUAUUCUUGGUAUUAAUUUCUGCCCUUUGAAAGGCACAUGAAUGAUUGGGCCCACAACCUAUCAAAAAUUAAAAAAAAACUCAAGGUCUUCAUGUGCAUAAAGGUAAGUUAAAAAAGACAAAAUUCACUGCAAUUUAUAAUGUUUAAUUCUAAGAACAUAUAAGUCUUUCAUUAGAAAUACCUCCACAAGUCUCAAGAUUCCAUUUCUUGCCGACCACAAAAUCUUAGUUAUUUUUGAGGUACCUUCUUAACAUUAAUUUGAAAAAUCUUUGUAUAUAAUCGGAAACAUUUUUUAAUUUUACAUAGUGUAGGGAUCCAAAAAAGUGACGCGAUUUACGUUGAAGUGAUGUUUAUAUCAGGGCUCCAUUUUUAGUGUUAAGAUCUUUACCUUGCAAUGGCUAGUGUUUUGGAUUUUACUAUUUUUAUACUUUGUCUAAUAAUAGUUGUCUCAAGAGUGACAUUUUUCUUACACUCCAAUAGGCGAUAGGAGAAGUGGUCGUCUCGUCUCCAUAAUCGCUGAAGUCAGAUGGUCAAUCUACGCGUAAAAAUGCUAGAGAACCUCACUGGGCCGCUUUUUAGAAAACGCAUCUAUUUGACAAUGAGACAACGCAAAACUUGAUUAUAAGUCUUGCGGAUGUAGAACAUCUGCAGCAUAAAAUUUCCAAAAUACUAACCUUAAAGGUUAAAGAAUAUUUUAGCAUUUUCAUGAUUUAUUGUUUUUGUUAUAAUCAGACUGGCCACAAAAAUAUAUAAGCAGAGUCUCUUUCCAUUAUUGUUUGAAAAAUUGUGAAUUUUAUUGUUCUUGCCCUACCUCUCCAUUGAUAUAAGAAAAAAUAUUUGAGGUAGAAGAAUUUUGUAAACUUAAAUGUCAUUACAUAUUUUUCUGUUAAGGGCAGCCAUACAAAUUCAUAUAGCAAUGUCAAAAUGAAUCGAUAGUUAUGUCUGGUUUAUAGUCACUUAAUCUAACUUGGGUGCUAAAACCUAGUUUUGUGGCCAAAUCCAUAUGACUGCAAAAUGGAACCAUUGGAGAUACCUUGUGAAACUAUAAUAGUAUUUUAUAAGUUGAUCAUAAGAAUAUUUUUUGUCUAUUUAGAUUGUAUAAUUUAGUGAAUACCUGUAGCUUUAGUCUGUGGUAAAGAAAAUAUCAGAGUUAGAUUAGAUUUAUGAAAAAUUGUAGUUAUGAACUUUGGCUUAUAUAUACACAAAAACGUGGCUUUUUUAUUUAUUUAAGCUUUUGUAACGCGAUACAAACACCUCAUAUUAAUGUUUUUUCAGUUGUUGAUCAUUUAUCAUUGUACUACUGCAUUAAUGAUAAGAUUUUGAAUAGUUUUAUGUUAAAAUACUUAUGAAAUUUAAUAAAAAAAAU